ACCCCCACGAAGGUGUCUUGCAAAGGAGCUGGCCUGCGCGAGUUCCCAACGGAGCUUGCCCAAGGGGUCAAGCACCUCGAGCUCUCCAACAACCUCCUCCAAAACCUGUCGGGCAGCUCCAUGCCAACGUUUGGGCAGCUCGAGUACCUGGACGUGUGCUCCAACCUCCUGGAAGUCGUGUCAGCCACGGCCCUGGCCCGGCUGCCCCAGCUCCGUGUCCUCCUGCUGGGGUCCAACCGCUUGGACCGCAACCCCCUGGCCAACGGGCGAGCCCUCCACCUCCUGAGGAACAUAGAGGUCCUGGACCUGUCAGCAAACCACCUGGAGAGCCACGUGGUGGGCUGGUACAUCAGCAACCUCACCCAGCUGAGGACCCUGGAUCUCUCUGGCAACAAGAUGACCAGGCUGCCGGCGGGGAUCUUCCGGAGCGCUCCGCGGCUGCGCCAGCUCGACCUCAGCAACAACUACCUCCUGGAAAUCGAGGAGGGAGCUUUUGAGGCUCUGGAGGAGCUGGAGGUGGUGAACUUGGCUUUGAAUUCUCUCCACUGUAUCUCCAGCUUCAGCCUCACGCAGCUGAGGGUUUUAAACCUCAGCCACAACGCCCUGGAGCUCUUCGUCACGGGGGAGGGAGCGGAGCCCUACCUGCUUCAGGUGCUCGACUUGAGCCAUAACAGACUCCUCCACUUCCCAGAGCUUCCCAGAGCCCAGCACCUCACCCACCUAAACCUCUCCAACAACCUUAUUGCUUCCCUGCUCCCGGGCCCUGGCCGUCCUGAGGAGUUUCUCCUGCUCUACGAGGAGAUGGCAAAGUCCAACAGGACCCGGCCCGCCGCCGCCGGGCUGACCCGUGUAGCUGACUUGGACCUCAGCAAGAACCGCCUGGAGCUGUUCCCUCUCCCCUUUUUCCACAGCCUGGGCUCUCUGCAGAGCCUCAGCUUGGCUACCAACUGCCUCCAGGCUGUAGCCAGGGAGUGGCUGGCUGGCAGUAUGGAGCCUGGUGCCCGCUCGCCCACCCUCUCCGUGCGCCGGCUGGACCUCCACGGCAACGCCAUCCAUGUCCUGCCACGCUGGUUCUUCCAGUCUCUGCCCUGGCUGGAAGCCAUCGACCUGGGCUCCAACCACCUCCAGCCUUGUGAGAGCCAGGGGGGCCCCCGGGGAGGGGAUUCAGGAGGGGGUUCUCCAGGGCCAGCCCCAGGAAGCAGCUGCACCCCCUUCCAUGACGUGCCUCGCCUGAAGCACCUCAACCUUCAGAGGAACAACAUCAGCAGGCUGCCCCCCUUCUCCUUCAGCCACACCUCGCUGCUCUCCCUCGACCUCUCGGGGAACAAGGACCUGUCCCUGCCCAAGGAGGCCCUGGGGGGGUUGGAGUCCUCCCUGCAGAGCCUCUCUCUGAGGGGCAACCAGAUGGACGACAGCGAGGCAGAGCUCCCUUGCCUGGCCACGCUCAAAGUCUUGGACCUCUCGGGCAACAGGUUGAGCCUUUUGCCCCCGGGGCUUCUCUGCUCCCCUCUGGAGAGCCUGGACGUGGGAGACAACAGCCUGCUGGGGCUGGGUGAGCUCAGGAGCUGGUCUCACAGCCUGAGGGACGUGGGCAUUGCGGGCAACCCCUUCAGCUGCUGCCAGCUGGGCUGGUUGGAGGCGCUGCAGGCAGCCAGCGUGGCCGUGAGGGACCUGGACAGAGCCCUCUGCACCUACCAGCAUGGGGGCAGGAACUUCUCCUCCAAGAUCUCCAGCAGCCCUGCGUGGCUUUGCCCUCAGCCCAGGGGCUGGCUGGUUCUGCUGGUGGUGCUGCUGAGCCUGCUCCUGCUCGGUGCUGGGGCUCGCUGCCUCCUCAAGCAGGGGCAGAAAUCCCCGGGGUGUUUCCAGAGAAACAGGGUGGGGGUCUGCCCUCAACCCCCCAAAAGGGAGGAGCUGGCUAAGGUGAAGCCAGCAGAGAGUGUCACCAAAGUGUAG